AGGUAAAACCACAUCGGUCUUUAAUCACAUACAGACAUACACGCACAAACACACACAUACAGGUGAGUUCGUGUGGAGUCAUGGGCGUGGCUGUUAACACCUUGUGACGUCAGUUCAGCGCGGGUUUAUGGCUCCUUCGUCUCCGAGACCAUCAGAUAUCACAACCAUUAAAAACUCAGCUACCAAUCCUACCUAAUUGCCCCCUGAAGGCAGCGUCAUGCUCACAUCUGCCCCCUCUCUGUUCACACACUCCAGCUGAUCACACCUCGUCCCUCACCUGCUCCUGACAUGCGGCGUCACUGCAAACCGACCGAGCUUCAUUCCUGCUGUCACAUCGUCACGGUGUUUGGUCGUGGCUCACUUCAUCACCCGGACGAAACCCACACGGCAAAACCUUCUGCUGCGGCUCCAAACACAGCAGCUUUACGCACCGUGGGGCCUUUUGUCCUGCGCACAGCCGUGAGAGGAAGGAUAGGAUGGUGCUGCGGAGCCUGACAUCAGCGGACAAAGUUUGAUAGCUGCGGACAUCAGAGCACGACAGCCCAGCCAUGAGGGACAGACUGAGCCACCUGCAGGAAAUGUCCAAUGGACAUGUGGAGCCGAUGGAGUAUGAAGAGCCCACUGGCUCUGAUACCUUGAGCAACGUGGACCUGGAGGACGAGCUGCCCCAUGAGGCGGUGGUGUUUGAGGACAACAGCCCCGCUCUGGAAGAGGUCUUCUCCCAGUCCCAAGACAUCCACAGGGAGAUCCAGCUCAUCCGCCUGGAGGUCAAACGGCUCCGUGAGCAGAACUCCCGCAUGUUGCAAGGCACCACCACCAUGAGCACCAUUAAAAGAGACUCCAACGCCAUUGGUGCCGACAUAAAGAAACGAGCCGAGGAUGUUCUAGCGCGUCUGCACGACAUGGAUGGAACAUCCCACAAGCUGGAAGAAACUCACGGCUCUAACUCUGCCGUCACACGCAUAGCCAGAACCCAGUACGCCUGCCUCAGCAACGGUUUCCGUGACGCCAUGUUUGACUAUAACGAGGCCGAGAUGAGUCACCGAGAGAACUGCAAGGCCCAGAUCCAGAGGCAGAUGGAGAUAGUGGGGCGCGAGGUGACGGGGGAGGAGGUCGAGGAGAUGAUAGAGAAGGGCCAGUGGAACAUCUUUAAUGACAACAUCGUGAGUGAAGGCAAAACAGCCCGAUCUGCUCUGUCCCAGAUCGAGAAGCGUCACCAAGAGUUAGUGGACCUGGAGGCUCGCAUCAGUGGCAUCCAUGAGAUAUUCCUGGACAUCGCCAUGCUGGUGGAGGAGCAGGGCCCCAUGCUGACGUCCAUCCAGAGCAACGUGCAGAAAACAGACGAAGGAAUCCAAGACGCCCUCGUCAAACUGGGCAGGGCCAAACGGCAUGACAGCAACAACCCUUUCAAAAAGAUGUUUUGCAGCUGUUUUCCAUGUUUCAACUCUUGAUUGUAGAGAAAUAGAGGAGUCGAGGGACAGCCAAGAAGGCACUUUGCUGUCCAGACAUAGACAUUUUCAGCAUGUCAUUAGUAAACUGCUCCUGUCAUCAAAGUAUUUAUCUGCAUGGCCUGUAUAGCUAUUGCAUUCAAACACAUUUUCCUGAAUUACAAUAAAGGUUUUUAAAAAAGUAAACUAUUUUGUUUGGCUAAUAUAUUUUUAAUUAUAUUUAAGUAAUUAAAGUCUGGGACGUUCAAAUGAAAUGAUAAUAAAUCACAAUUCUUCCUCUAUGACUGAGGUGUGAUGAAGGUGUGAAACUACAAUUUGAAGAUAUUUUUCAUGUUUUAGAGCCUGCUGAGUCUCCACAUGGCAGUGAUUUUACAAAUGCAGUCACUUUCAGGAAUAUUUUCAUGCGACUGAGGGGGCGAGAUGCAUGUUAGUGCUGGGAAUGCUGCUGUAGAAAAUGAUGCAGUACACUGCCACGGUGGUAAACCUUAAAGAAAUUAUUUUAAAUACGGGUUAAAUCAAAAAAUUCUUACCUUAAUUUUUUUACCAUCUGUCCUAUAAUCUCUACAUGUAAUUCCCUUUGGUCUUAGUUAACAUAAGGCUGAGAGGCUCUUCUAGAAAUUGUAAAAUUGAGUUUUUGAUGAUUACACCAACUUCUCUCUGUAUUAUUGUGUGUAACAAGCCGUUCUGUGUUGACCACAUUGCACAACACUUUAAGAAUUCCCCAUCUCUUCCUCAUACUCUCUUUUGAGCCCGUAAGUAAACAUGUUGACUUCACCUCAUCCUCAGUCUAGAAUUAUGCAGGGAUUCACUGUUGAUGUCGACUGUGCACUAAUAUGUUACUUUGGAUGGAUGGUUAGUUUUUCAUGAAUUUUGUAUAAUACUUUUUUGUCUUUCUUCUGUGGUGUCUUUAUUUCAUCAUAAUAUAUUAAAAUAUUACAUGACUCUG